AUGAGCACGACAAGUGAAGAAGCUAACAACAGUGAAGAGGAGGUUGGAACGCUUUUUUUCAGUGGCCUUCCUACGGACAUUGAACCAAGUGAGCUUUACCUUGUCUUUCGAUCAUUUAAGGGGUAUGAAGGCUCUGUGAUCAAGCUAGCAUCACAACAGCUAGUUGGCUGUGUUACAUUUAACAGCAGAGCGGGAGCAGACGCAACAAUGAAAAAUGCUGCGUUCACCCAGCCUGUAGCUGCUGCACUGCACAGUCAGAUGUGCUGGUAUCCUCCAUCUGAAGUAUCUCUGCAAGGAUGGGAAGACAAUAAGAAAGAUAUUAUAUUUGGAGAUAUUGCAGCUGGAAGUUCCAAAAAUGCCAAGAAAUGUUUAUUUGGUCCCAGGUCAUGCCUGUGGCCUCGUUCAAGAGAUGGGAUUGUUUAUAUACCAUAUACAAUUGACCAACGUUACAGUAAAUAUCAUCAAGGUAUAAUACAGAACUCUAUGAAAGAGUUUGAUUAUCUAACAUGCAUUAAGUUUGUCUAUAGACGAUUUGAAAGAAAUUACAUUAAAAUCAUUUCAAAAAAUGGCUGCUGGGCAAAUGUGGGAUAUAAUAAACGCAAGCAGUUUGUUUCAUUGGAUAGAAAUGGUUGUAUUCGGCCUGGCAUUAUACAACAUGAGUUACUCCACACAAUUGGUUUUAAUCAUGAACAAAAUAGAAGUGACCGUGACGACUAUGUAACCAUCGUUUAUAAAAAUAUUGUUAAAGGAGCAGAAUACAAUUUUGUUAAAAUGGAUACCAAUAACUUGGGGACAAAGUACGAUUAUUCUUCAGUCAUGCAUUAUGGGAGAUAUGCUUUUUCUAAAGAUCGAAAAAGUGUUACCAUUAUUCCGAAACCAAAUUCAAGGAUAUAUAUUGGACAACGUUAUGGAAUGUCUCACCUCGAUGCUUUGAAGGUUAACAAGCUGUAUAAUUGCAAUGCUGCCAGACCUGCUGAACUGAAGGCUGAUGUCCAGUAA